CCUCCCCACCAACAGGAGCAUGGCGGCGGCGACGGCGGCGAAGACCAGCACCACCGCAGCCGCAGGGUGCAUGGUGGCGACGGGCGGAGACUGGUACCUCGGCGUCGAUCUCAGCACACAGCAGAUGAAAGCCAUGGUUAUUGAUGAUAAUCUGAAUGUAAUCCACGAAACUAAUGUGAAAUUUGAUGAUGAUUUGCCAGAGUUUGGAACCCAGAAUGGUGUCCGUGUACAAAGCGAUAAGAUAACUGUUACAACACCAGUCCUGUUGUGGGUAAAGGCAAUGGAUUUACUCUUGGAGAGGUUAAAGGCUGCAAAUCUUGAUCUUUCAAAAUUGAAAUCGUUGUCUGGUUCUGGCCAACAACACGGCAGUGUUUAUUGGAAGGAGGGAGCCAGUCAGACCUUGAAAAACAUGCCUGCUGACCAUUCGCUUCACCAGAUAUUGCAGUCGAGUUUCUCUGUGACGGAAUCUCCCAUCUGGAUGGACUCCAGCACUACCGAAGAAUGCCGCCAACUAGAAAAGUGUGUUGGAGGAGCACAGAAACUGGCUGACAUCACUGGAUCACGUGCUUAUGAGCGAUUCACAGGGAACCAAAUUGCGAAGAUCACCAAGAAGAAUCCUGACGAAUACAAGAAAACUGAGAGAAUCUGUCUGGUCAGCAGCUUUACUGCUUCCCUGUUUCUUGGAAACUAUGCAGCAAUUGAUUAUAGUGAUGGUUCCGGUAUGAACCUGAUGGAUAUCCAUGUACAUGAGUGGUCACAGCAAUGCCUAGAUGCCUGUGGUCCUGAUCUGAAGGGGAAGCUUGGCGUCCCGCUGCCAUCCCACUCCAUACUGGGGUCGAUAUCACCAUACUUUGUGAAACGGUUUGGAUUUAAUCCCGAAUGCAAAGUGAUUGCUUUCACAGGAGACAAUCCAGCAUCACUGGCAGGAAUGCGACUUCAGCAGGGAGAUAUCGCAGUAAGUCUGGGAACAAGUGACACUGUCUUUCUGUGGAUUCAGGACCCAAAACCUACACUGCAAGGACAUGUCUUCUGCAACCCAGUGGACCGCGAUGCCUACAUGGCACUCAUUUGUUUUAAGAAUGGCUCCCUAACAAGAGAGAGAAUCCGUGAUGAAAGAGCGUCUAGUUCAUGGGAUGAAUUUGCAAAAGCUUUGAAAGCCACUAGUCCUGGAAAUAAUGGAAAUAUAGGUUUUUAUUUUGAUGUAAUGGAGAUCACCCCUGCUGCCAUUGGUGUUCAUCGAUUCAAUGACAGAAAUUUAAAAGUCUCAAACUUUUCAGAAGAGACGGAAAUUCGAGCUGUUAUUGAGAGUCAGAUGCUGGCCAAAAGAUCAUAUGCUGAGAAGCUGGGCUACAAAGUCUUGAAAGAGACCAGAGUGCUGGCCACUGGAGGUGCUUCCUCGAACUCUCAUAUACUACAGGUCUUGGCAGAUGUGUUCAAUGCCCCAGUGUACACAAUAGACACAACUAAUUCAGCUUGCCUGGGAUCUGCUUACAGAGCAAAACAUGGUUUGGAAGCAGCAUCGGGACAGUCAUUUGCAAAUUCAGUGAAAAUGGCUGUAUCACCAAAGUUGGCAGUCAAACCCAAUUGUGAAGCAGAAAAGAUAUAUUGUCCAAUCCUUGCCCGAUAUCAGGAGCUAGAAAAGUUGGUGUCGUGUAGCUCCUGAGUGAUGAAGAACUGGUCUGUUUGCACCUUCGAAUCUUCCAGCAGGAGAGGAAUUCGUUCAGUUCGUCAUGCCUGCACAACCGUUUCAAAGAGCUGUACGAUUUAAUACUAGUUUUUCCCCUUUCAACCGGAAAUUUAGUUCACCGUGCAUAAUGAGUUAGCUUUUUAUACAUUCCAAUAUGAUUGUACGGACAUGGUAAAGGACUAAAAGUGCUGGAGUAACUCGGUGGGUCUGGCAGCAUCUCUGGAGAACAUGGAUAGGUGUUGUUUUGGGUCGGGACCCUUCUUCAGACUGAUUGUAGGAUGGUGGAAGGGGGGGGGGGGGGUGGGAGGGUGAGAAGAACGCUGGAAAAUGGGACAGGCAGGGCAACGCAUGGCAGGUAUUAGGUCAACACAGGCGAGGGGCAUUUUUGCCAGGCAAAUGGUUGGAACAAAGACUGGAGAUAGCCCCUACAAUCAGUCUGAAGAAGGGUGUCGGCCUGAAACAUCAGCUAUCCAUGUUCUCUGGAGAUGCUGCCAGUCCUGCUGAGUUACUCCAGCAUUUUGUCCUUUUGUGUAUUAACCAGGGUCUGCAGUUCUUUGCUUUUCCAGAUACUCUAUUUCAACUCUGCAUGAAGAAAUUUCUCUUCCGUAGAAAAGGGGACAAUGAUAUUAAAUAUGUGGCCAAUUAUUUUAAAUAUGUGACUUGAUUGUAGUGCAGUGGCCAGAAUCUUGCACAACCCUCUAUUUUGAACCCCAAGGAGCGAUAUCUAUUAAUAUCUUUAAAUUGACCCAACUCCCUUACCUUAAAGGGGUGGCAGGGUGGCGCAGCAGUGGCUACCUCGCGACACUAGCGACCGGGUUUGAUCCUGAUCUUGGACGCUGUCUGUGAGGAGGUUUGCACGUUUUCUGUGGCUGUCUGGGUUUUCUUUAAAUGCCCCAGUUUCAUUCUGCAUCCCACAGACGAGAUGGUAGGUUGUCGAGGCGCAGUAAACCACGCCUUAGUGGAGGGUUACUGUAAACUGAAUCAGCGCGGGGUUGUAAAUUGGAGACACAAGAAACUGCAGACCCUGGAUUCUUGAACCUUAAACCAAAGUGCUGGAAGAACUCAGUAGUCUUCCAGCAUCUGUAGAGGGAAUGGGCAGAUGAGCCGCAACAUUGUAUACGCAUUUCCCUCCACAGAUGCUGACUGACCUACUGAGUUCUACCAGCAGUUUGUUUCCUAGCUCAAAGUGGAGUAAAUGGAAUUAAGCUAAUGAAAUUGUUUCCCUGGUAUCUGGAAUUAGCCAAUGAACCGAAUGGCUCCAGUCCUUACUGUUAUCAGAAUGAGAUCAUUUUUACUGUCCUCAUUUACAAGGUUCUAAUAUAUUUUCUAAACUGCAGAAACUGUGCACUGCCACCUACUAAGUCUGGUCAAUCUACACCCUGGAUCCCUUUGUGUUUGCAUCCUCAUCAAAAUAAUACUUGUAGUGCCUACCCAUGUUGUCUUCCCAAUUGCGACAGUCCCCUUUGCCCGAUUCCUGCCCAUCGCACCUGUCUCUUCACAUUCUCCUGAUCUGCUACUAGCUGGUUCAGUGGUUACUAAGAUACCAAGUGUUAACCACACAAUUGCUCUCCCUAUAACCGAUCUGCCAAUUUAUUUCUAGCCGUUUGAUUGAAAUUUAAAUUGUUUUUGAAAUUAUUUAGCGUUACAAGGAAAUUCUCAGAAAUUUCGUGCAACUUUGUAUUUUCCCUAAAUUAUCUUGAUAAAAUUCCUGGAGUAACCUGUGCCAAAUGUAAAUGCAAUGGAAUUAUAAUGUUAUAAUAAACGGCAUAAAUAUCCAGCUGUUACAUA